CUCGGUAAGGUUGCGUCUGGUCAUUCUAUUAUUUUGUACAAAGACGAAGCGCAGAAAGAAUUUGUUACAGGACUACAAUGUCUAGACAGGGCAGUAAAAGUUCUCUAUCAAGCUGAGAUCAAUACAACUACACCGGCGAGGACUGUGAAAGUAAUUGCCCAGAAUUUGCGUCUUCCAAUACGUCAGGCCCACACACGCUUAACCGCAGUAUUGAAUUUUUGGGAAGGCGAAAAGGCACGCCAAUGUGAAGAAACCGAGAGACUAAUCUCCUCAAUUAGCAGCUUAAAGAACACUGUUUCUAAAAGCAAAAUGAAUGUACAACAGAUGAAUCAACAACUUCAGGGUUUGAACCAACAAAUUACAGACAGCGAACACUAUGUUCAGCAAGCGAAAAAUGCACUCAGUAAUGCCCACGAUAAACUUAACGAUGCUGAAAGAGAGUUGAGUGACAGAAGAAGAGAACGAGACCUUGUAAGAGGCAUAGGAAUCGGAAUAACACCUAUUCCCAUAAUUGGUUGGAUUGCUGGGCCAGCCAUGGUAGUGGUAAGCUUUACAGCACUCGAAGAUAAUGUCAAGUGUGCCCAAACUGGCGUGAGCUCUGCUGAAGACAACGUGAAAGAUUGUGAAAACAGGUUAGGGGCAAAAAGAUGUAAGAAGGAAAAACUUCGCCUAAAAUUAAUGAGUGAAAAAGAGGAGAAGCAGAUAACAGAGCAGCGACUAAGAGAUCAAGAGCGUCAACUGCAAGAUCUCCAAAGGGCUCAACGAAGGUCCAUCGAACUAAGUGACAAACUGAUGAGAACGUGCCAUGUUAUGACAAAUAUUUGGGGAAAAAGCCAAGUACUGAAUAACGAAGCUAGCCGUGCGUACUCCUUGGAACCGUUACUGACACCUCUGAAGGAAAUAGUUCUUGACGUGUUUACACCUGAGGAACAGACAAAGAUAAUACAAAACACUUUUUUGUUGUCGAAAGAAGUCGACUUCCGUGCCAUAACGUGGAAACUGAAAGCUGUUUGUGAAGCAAACGCUGAUAGUUCAAUCAUGGCAAUUUUGGACGAAUAUUGCUAA